AUGGCAGAUGUCACUUUUGUCACAUUACCAGGACUAACAGGGGACAAAGACAAUGACAGAAAAAUAGUGAGCCACAUGAAAACAUUUUUAGUCGAGAGCUGGUUUGGACUUUGCAAUCGUUUCUGCCGCGACUUCCCGAGUGCUCUGACAGGAAGGUUGGCCCCAGAGGAGUUUGCCGGGUCAGUGGGGCGGGUCAACACUGUGCUGCGGAAGACCCUGCCUGUGUCCGCCCGCUGGCUCCUCUGUGGCUGCUGCUUCUGCCUCUGUACCUGCGGCUGUUCCCUCUGGCCCGUCAUCUGCCUCAGUAAACGGACGAGAAAUGCAAUAGAGAAGACUUUAGAGGCGGAAAACACCAACCUAUACCACAAGCUUGGCCUUCACUGGAGACUCACUAGACAGAGAUGUGAUAAUUCCUCCCUCAUGGAAUAUGUGAGUGAUUUGACCAGACAUCAGAAUGAGAGACAGAUGAGUGAGUGUGUGAGUGUGGCAGAAGAGAACUCAGUGAGCUCCCUGCCUUCCCCGUGGUCCCAACCUCACACCUACACCCACACCCAGCCAUACCACAGUGCAUUUCUCUCCUCUGAAGCCUCCACACACUACACAGGUCACAAGGCACAGGCAGGGCAGCACCAAGAGAACACUACACUUGCAUAG